AUGUUGCCAACAGUGAUACUGCUCAUCCUCUACAGCUUUCUGCAGUCUGCUGCUUUUGAAGGAAAUUAUUGGCCCCACUUCAUUCUCCAGAAACAGAAAGAAUCUCUGCAAAGAAUUCUGAACAAGGACUCCUGUUCUACCUGGGGAGGAGGGCAUUUUUCCACCUUUGAUAAAUACCAGUAUGACUUCAGUGGGACCUGCAACUACAUCUUUGCAACUGUAUGUGAUGAAACCAGCCCAGACUUCAACAUUCAGUUCCGCCGUGGGCUGGACAGAAAAAUCAAGAGGAUCAUCAUCGAGCUGGGCCCUGCUGUUGUCAUUGUGGAGAAGGGCACCAUUUUUGUCAGGAAUGUUGGCAUCAUCCAGUUGCCUUAUACCAGCAAUGGAAUUCAAAUAGCCCCUUAUGGACGCAACAUCCGUCUGGUGGCCAAGCUGAUGGAGAUGGAACUGGUGGUCAUGUGGAACAACGAGGACUAUCUCAUGGUUUUGACUGAAAGAAAAUAUAUGGGGAAAAUCUGUGGCAUGUGUGGAAAUUAUGAUGGCUAUGAACUGAAUGAAUUUAUGAGUGAAGGUAAAGUGCUGGAUACAUACAAAUUUGCUGCAUUACAGAAAAUGGAUGAUCCAUCCGAGAUCUGCCUGUCUGAGGAGAUAGCAACCUCCACCAUUCCUCACAACAGAUAUGCCAUGAUCUGCUCUCAGCUACUUAACUUGGUGUCACCAGCUUGCACAGUGCCAAAGGAUGGGUUUGUUGUUCGUUGCCAGCUGGAUAUGCAGGACUGCAGUGAGCCAGGGCAAAACAACUGCACCUGCUCCACACUCUCAGAGUAUUCAAGGCAGUGUGCUAUGUCCCACCAAACAGUGUACAACUGGAGGACUGAAAACCUCUGCUCUGUGGGAACAUGUUCUGCCAACCAGAUCUAUGAGGAAUGUGGUUCUCCAUGCACUAAAACCUGUUCCAACCCAGAGUACAGCUGUUCCAGUCACUGUACCUAUGGCUGCUUUUGUCCAGAAGGAACCAUUCUUGAUGACAUCUCAAAGAACAGAACUUGUGUCCACAUUGAGCAGUGUCCAUGUUCACUGAAUGGGAAAAUAUAUGCUCCUGGAGAGACCAUGAAAGCAGCAUGUAGGACCUGCACAUGUCUGAUGGGUCAAUGGAACUGCAAAGAGCUGCCCUGUCCUGGAAGGUGUUCGCUGGAAGGAGGCUCCUUUGUGACCACAUUUGAUUCUAGAUCCUACAGGUUCCAUGGGGUUUGCACUUAUGUUCUUAUGAAGAGCUCCAGCCUGCCACACAAUGGAACCCUGAUGGCUGUGUAUGAAAAGUCUGGCUACUCCAAUUCUGAGACAUCACUCAGUGCUGUCAUUUACCUAUCUUCAAAGGACAAAAUUGUGAUCUCUCAGAAUGAACUCCUUACUGAUGAUGAUGAACUUAAGAAGCUGCCUUACAGAUCAGGAGACAUCACCAUUUUCAGGCAGUCCUCGAUGUACAUUCACAUGUACACAACCUUCGGGCUGGAGCUGGUGGUUCAGAUGUCACCUGUGUUCCAGGCCUAUGUGAAAGUAGGAUCACAGUACAAAGGCAAAACCCAGGGUUUGUGUGGCAAUUACAAUGGAGAUACUACAGAUGACUUCAUGACUAGCAUGGACAUCACUGAAGGGACAGCCUCCCUCUUUGUUGAUUCCUGGAGGGCAGGGAAUUGCCAUCCUGCUUUAGAGAGAGAGACCGACCCUUGUGCUUUGAGUCAGCUGAACAAAAUAUCUGCUGAGACUCACUGCUCCGUUCUCAUCAAGAAGGGUACAGUGUUUGAGAAAUGCCAUGCUGUGGUGAACCCUCUUCCUUUCUACAAGAGAUGUGUCUACCAAGCCUGUAAUUAUGAAGAGACCUUUCCUUACAUCUGUUCUGCUCUGGGAUCAUAUGCACGAACAUGCAGUUCGAUGGGUUUAAUCCUUGAGAACUGGAGAAACAUCCUGGACAACUGCACUGUUACUUGUGCUGGCAAUCAAACAUUCAGCUACCACACUCAAGCAUGUGACAGGACAUGCUUGUCACUCUCCAACCGAGCCCUGGAAUGUCAUCCAACUGACAUCCCUAUUGAGGGCUGCCACUGUCCUGAAGGAACCUACCUGAACCACAAGCACGAGUGCGUGCGGAAAUCUCAUUGUCCCUGCUACCUAGACGAGCGAAAGUACAUCUUACCUGACCAGUCAACAGUCACUGCUGGAGUUACCUGCUACUGUGUUAAUGGGAGGCUCAGCUGCACAGGCAAACUUCAAGAUCCUGCAGAAAGCUGCAAAGCUCCUAAGAAAUACAUAUCGUGUUCUGAGAGCUUGGAAAACAAGUAUGGAGCUGCCUGUGCCCCUACCUGUCAGAUGCUGGCUACUGGAAUUGACUGUAUCCCCACGAAGUGCGAGUCAGGCUGUGUCUGUGCUAAUGGGCUCUACGAGAACCUGGACGGCAGGUGUGUUCCAGCUGAGGAGUGUCCCUGUGAAUAUGGGGGCCUUGCUUAUGGAAAAGGGGAACAGAUCCACACCGAAUGCGAGAUCUGCACUUGCAAGAAAGGCAAAUGGAAAUGUGUUCAGAAAUCACGGUGCUCCUCAACAUGCAACCUGUAUGGAGAAGGUCACAUCACCACUUUUGAUGGGCAGCGCUUUGUGUUUGAUGGCAACUGUGAAUACAUCCUAGCUAUGGAUGGCUGCAGUGUCAGCAGACCUGUUUCCUCUUUCAAAAUUGUUACUGAGAAUGUCAUCUGUGGGAGAUCAGGGGUUACAUGCUCCAGAUCCAUCAGCGUUUACCUUGGGAAUUUGACAUUCAUACUGCGAGAUGAAACCUACACUGUGUCUGGAGAAAACCCUGGAGUACAUUACAAAGUGAAAGAGAACGUCCUCCACCUGAUGUUUGAUAUCAUUAUCCCAGGGAAGUACAACAUGACCAUCAUCUGGAAUAAGCACAUGAAUGUCUUCAUCAAGAUCUCCAGAGAAACACAGGAAACAAUAUGUGGUUUGUGUGGCAACUACAAUGGCAACAUGAAAGAUGAUUUUCAAACUCGAAGCAAGUACGUGGCAUCCAAUGAACUGGAGUUUGUCAAUUCUUGGAAGGAGAAUCCUCUCUGUGGGGAUGUCUACUUUGUAGUGGACCCCUGCAGCAAGAACCCUUACAGGAGAGCAUGGGCAGAAAAGACAUGUUCCAUCAUCAACAGCCAGGUCUUUUCCGCCUGUCACAAUAAGGUCAAUCGCAUGCCCUACUACGAGGCCUGCGUUCGGGACUCCUGCGGCUGUGACAUCGGAGGGGACUGUGAGUGCAUGUGUGAUGCCAUCUCAGUGUAUGCCGCGGCCUGCCUGGACAAGGGCAUCUGCAUCGACUGGAGGACCCCCGAGUUCUGUCCUGUCUAUUGUGGGUACUACAACUCUCACACAAAAGCAGCAGCUGGGGAUGGUUAUUCCUCUGACUACAACAAGGAGAACUGCACCUGGCACUACAGGCCUUGUAACUGCCCAAAUCAGAACUUCAAAUAUGUCAACAUCGAAGGCUGCUACAACUGCUCUCACAAUGAAUACUAUGACUAUGAGAAGGAAAGCUGCAUGCCCUGUGGACAGGAAAUCACUACUACCACACCUGAAACAUCUCCAGCUUCAACAGUAACAACUGUGAAGCCUGAAGAACCAGAAAGCUCUACCACAAGUUCCCUACCAACACUACCCAGUAUUCCUUCUUCUGCAGUCACUCCAUCAACUGAGACCAUAAAUCCAACAAUAACCUCAAAAAUCACAGUUCCAAGAACUUCACCAGCAUCACCUCUAGUCACUACCAAGCUAACAACUGUCACCCAAAGAUCACCAACAGAGCCACAGCAACAGUUCAACACACAGAAGACCACCCCUGCCACACCCCCCAGCACCACCUCUGGCCCUGCCAGCAGCCCAGAAGUCCCACUGACAAGGAUAUCUCCAAGCCCUACCUCUUUACCAGCCACCUCAGCCUCAAGUUCCUCUUCCCCCUCCUCAACUGUGUCCUCAACAUCAUGGAGACCUGGUAAGACCUCUUCCCCUUCCCUGGAGCCAACCAGAGCUCAGACUCCAACUAGUAAAGUAGUAACAGCCUCCACCCAGGAAAGGACAACCAAGCCACACCUUGUGCCACCUCUGACCACACACAAGACCACCACCAGCACUGCUGCCAGCACCACCUCCAGCACCACUGUCUCCACACAGCCAAUCUCCACCAGCAUCUCACAACUGCCUCUCACAAGGACAUCUGCAAACCCCAGCUCUCCCUCAGCCCCCAGCAGCACACUCAGCACCCACCUGACCUCUCCCACCACUGCCACACUCUCCUCCACAGCAGCCACCACCAGCCCCAGGCCUACCCCUACCUCCCUGAGGCCCAAGCCCUCUUCCACAGCAACAACUGCUCCAACAGAGCCACCUGCAGCAGAGUCCUCUGCACCCUCCACAGCCAAAACCAGCACAGUGCCAUGGGCUGCAGCUUCUGCUUCCUCAGCUGUGUCCUCAGCAUGGCCAAGCUCCUCACAGCCUGCCUCCACCCAGGAAAGGACAACCAAGCCACACCUUGUGCCACCUCUGACCACACACAAGACCACCACCAGCACUGCUGCCAGCACCACCUCCAGCACCACUGUCUCCACACAGCCAAUCUCCACUAGCACCUCACAACUGCCUCUCACAAGGACAUCUGCAAACCCCAGCUCUCCCUCAGCCCCCAGCAGCACACUCAGCACCCACCUGACCUCUCCCACCACUGCCACACUCUCCUCCACAGCAGCCACCACCAGCCCCAGGCCUACCCCUACCUCCCUGAGGCCCAAGCCCUCUUCCACAGCAACAACUGCUCCAACAGAGCCACCUGCAGCAGAGUCCUCUGCACCCUCCACAGCCAAAACCAGCACAGUGCCAUGGGCUGCAGCUUCUGCUUCCUCAGCUGUGUCCUCAGCAUGGCCAAGCUCCUCACAGCCUGCCUCCACCCAGGAAAGGACAACCAAGCCACACCUUGUGCCACCUCUGACCACACACAAGACCACCACCAGCACUGCUGCCAGCACCACCUCCAGCACCACUGUCUCCACACAGCCAAUCUCCACCAGCAUCUCACAACUGCCUCUCACAAGGACAUCUGCAAACCCCAGCUCUCCCUCAGCCCCCAGCAGCACACUCAGCACCCACCUGACCUCUCCCACCACUGCCACACUCUCCUCCACAGCAGCCACCACCAGCCCCAGGCCUACCCCUACCUCCCUGAGGCCCAAGCCCUCUUCCACAGCAACAACUGCUCCAACAGAGCCACCUGCAGCAGAGUCCUCUGCACCCUCCACAGCCAAAACCAGCACAGUGCCAUGGGCUGCAGCUUCUGCUUCCUCAGCUGUGUCCUCAGCAUGGCCAAGCUCCUCACACCUGACAGCCUCCACCCAGGAAAGGACAACCAAGCCACACCUUGUGCCACCUCUGACCACACACAAGACCACCACCAGCACUGCUGCCAGCACCACCUCCAGCACCACUGUCUCCACACAGCCAAUCUCCACUAGCACCUCACAACUGCCUCUCACAAGGACAUCUGCAAACCCCAGCUCUCCCUCAGCCCCCAGCAGCACACUCAGCACCCACCUGACCUCUCCCACCACUGCCACACUCUCCUCCACAGCAGCCACCACCAGCCCCAGGCCUACCCCUACCUCCCUGAGGCCCAAGCCCUCUUCCACAGCAACAACUGCUCCAACAGAGCCACCUGCAGCAGAGUCCUCUGCACCCUCCACAGCCAAAACCAGCACAGUGCCAUGGGCUGCAGCUUCUGCUUCCUCAGCUGUGUCCUCAGCAUGGCCAAGCUCCUCACAGCCUGCGAUUUGAGCAAGAGAAAGGACAACCAAGCCACACCUUGUGCCACCUCUGACCACACACAAGACCACCACCAGCACUGCUGCCAGCACCACCUCCAGCACCACUGUCUCCACACAGCCAAUCUCCACUAGCACCUCACAACUGCCUCUCACAAGGACAUCUGCAAACCCCAGCUCUCCCUCAGCCCCCAGCAGCACACUCAGCACCCACCUGACCUCUCCCACCACUGCCACACUCUCCUCCACAGCAGCCACCACCAGCCCCAGGCCUACCCCUACCUCCCUGAGGCCCAAGCCCUCUUCCACAGCAACAACUGCUCCAACAGAGCCACCUGCAGCAGAGUCCUCUGCACCCUCCACAGCCAAAACCAGCACAGUGCCAUGGGCUGCAGCUUCUGCUUCCUCAGCUGUGUCCUCAGCAUGGCCAAGCUCCUCACAGCCUGCCUCCACCCAGGAAAGGACAACCAAGCCACACCUUGUGCCACCUCUGACCACACACAAGACCACCACCAGCACCACCUCCAGCACCACUGUCUCCACACAGCCAAUCUCCACCAGCACCUCACAACUGCCUCUCACAAGGACAUCUGCAAACCCCAGCUCUCCCUCAGCCCCCAGCAGCACACCCAGCACCUGGCUCACCUCUCCCACCACUGCCACACUCUCCUCCACAGCAGCCCCAGCCAGCAGCUCGAUUCCUGCCCUGCUGUCCCUCACUACUUCCCCUGCUGGCUCUCCUCAGAGCACGAUGUACUUUCCCUCCCCAAACACCACCCUUCCUCCACACAGCCCAACCUCCUCCUUGGUGGUUCCUACCAGCAUCCCUGCCAAGUCCACCCCAGCUUUGAUCCCAGCUGUUGUAUCUACCACCAUAAAUUCUGCUCCCAGCAUUAUCACUACUGCCUCUACAGAGGCAGUGGGCAGGAGCUCUCUGCAGACAACCACACUGAGCACCACCCGCACCACGUCCUCGCCUCUCACCUCCAGGCUUUCAACAGCUUUGUCUCCUGCUGUAUCCUCAGCAGAGCCCCAAGGGCCUUGCAGAGAACACAGCUAUGAAGAAACAAUAACUUACAGAGGCUGCUCCACCAACGUCACUUUAAGCCGGUGUGAAGGCUCCUGCCCAUCCUCCACACAGUUUGAUGUCCAGACGAUGAUGGUCAACACAAGGUGUGGCUGCUGUGCACCACAGCUGCUCCUGAAGCAGAGGCUCCAGCUCCCGUGCCAGGACCCAGACAACCCCGGGAGAAGGCUCAGCACAGAACUGGUUGUGUUGAAGGGCUGCGUGUGCAAGGCUGACAGCUGCACACACUAG